ACCGGGUGUCGUCAUUUCCCGCGGAGCUGUCAAAACAGUAGCUUGGGUUAGCGGUUAGUGUGGAAAUGCUCCGCGUUGGGUUUUAAAACGGGACCAAACUGGAUUUUUACCCACCAGAAAAAUGUAGUUAGGGACUUUUCCACAUCCUUGUUGCCUUUUUUAGUACGUGACAUACACAUACACGACAUUUCGGUCCACAUUUGGUUGCUGACCAGCUCCGCUGAAAGGCUUCUUCCUCCUCCUGCACUGCAGCGGCGGCUGAACGGGGCAUGGAGGCACACAGUUCAGGGCUGAGCAGGAAAAGGAGAAGAGAGGGAUCCAACGGAGAAGCAGGGGAUGAAGGACGGGGGGCAAAAAUCCCACGAAGCACUUCUGGCCUGACCGACCCCGCGCCCUUUGCUGAUCAGUUGGAGAUUGUGAAGACUCCUUACACUCGAGUGAAUUUAGAAGAAGCCCGUCGUGGUACACCAGAGAAUCGUCCAGUGCGUGUGUAUGCUGAUGGCAUUUUCGACAUGUUUCACUCCGGACACGCCCGCGCUCUGAUGCAGGCUAAGCGUCUUUUUCCCAACACCCAUCUCAUUGUAGGCGUAUGCAGUGAUACUUUGACACACAAACUCAAGGGCUUCACUGUUAUGAAUGAGGACGAGCGCUACGAUGCAGUGAGCCACUGUCGCUACGUGGACGAGGUGGUCAGGGACGCACCGUGGACGCUAACGCCAGAAUUUCUGGCUGAGCACAGAAUUGACUUUGUCGCCCAUGACGAUAUCCCCUACGUUUCCGCUGGGAGUGACGAUGUUUACAAGCACAUAAAGGAGGCAGGCAUGUUUGCACCAACGCAACGAACAGAGGGCAUCUCCACAUCAGACAUAAUCACCCGUAUUGUCCGGGACUACGACGUUUAUGUGCGACGCAACCUGCAGAGAGGCUACACUGCCAAGGAGCUUAACGUCAGCUUCAUCAACGAGAAGAAGUACCACCUGCAGGAGCGUGUGGAUAAGGUGAAGCAGAAGGUGCGCGACGUGGAAGAGAAGAGUAAGGAGUUUGUGCAGAAGGUUGAGGAGAAGAGCAUCGAUCUCAUUCAGAAGUGGGAGGAGAAAUCCAGAGAGUUUAUCGGCAACUUCCUGCAGAUGUUUGGACCGGACGGGGCACUGAAGCACAUGUUGAAGGAAGGUAAAGGGCGGAUGCUGCAGGCGAUCAGUCCCCGACACAGCCCCAGCAGCAGCCCGGCGCGGGAAGAGCGCUCUCCUUCACCCACCUUCCGUCUUCCUUUCUUCACUAAAACCUCUCCCUCCAGCUCUCCUCCUCGCUACAGCGAUGCACACAGCAUCAGCGAGGACGAGGAGGACUAGAGGACGUCUCAUCUUCAUCAUCACCUUCUGUUUGUUCCUCCGUUAUGAUUGUAUUAUUAUUACUAUUAUGGUAUUCACUAGAAAUCAGGUGCCUACACACAUCUGUUUGCCACUUCGGUAAAAAGUCUCUCUUUGUUUAAAGCAAUAGCCCAGCGUUUUGUAGCCCAGUCUCUGUCUGGUGCAUCAGCAGCAAGUACCAUGGACAGUAAUUUGCCCAUAUUUAGAAAGGAGCGCCAUAUUAUUGUCUGAAGCAUUUGGCUCUCCGAUAUAGAUUCAUAAGAUAGAGAUUAAGUGCAAAAUGCUGGAGUAUUCCUUUAACCUCCAACCAACAGUGUUCAACUUUGAAAGAAGUCCUAACCUGUAAUACACAAUCAUAUUGCCUAAAUUAGCCUAGAAAUUUAGCGAGGAGUUUGAUUUUGGCAUAUCCAAUACACUCGGUUUUGUCUCUCCUCUACUGUUAACCACUAUAUGAAGGACAAAUGUAUAGUUAGUUUUUUUUCCCCCCAAAAGCCUCUCCAAUGUUUGUGUAAUUAUGUAUUUUUAAAAAAAAAGCACAUAACAUGUUUGAUCUGUGCAUUAAAUCUAGUAUAUACUACUAUUAAACCGUUAAACCCAGAAUGAUCCAUACAGUGCAGGGCACAGACUAUGCAGCCAUCCAACUGGCCUAUCCAUGCACUAGGGCUGAACGAUGAAUCUUUAUCUUAUAUAAAUUGCAAUUUGAAAGGGUGCAGUUUCCAAAGCUGCGAAGCCUUAAUACAUCCUACAUUAUUUAACACAGUCAUAACAACUUGAUAAAGCUGCACUAUGUAACAUUUUUUUAAAUUCAAAUUGAAAGAAGUGGCAUUACUGCGCCAGGCAUAUAAAUGCUAUGUUCACAUUACCAGGUUGAAGUGGCGCAAAUCUGAUUUUUGGCCCUGAUGUGACUCGGAUCUGAUGUUUUCAAAUUCGACCUGAGCCACUUUCAUAUGUGGUCCUAGAUCAGAUACG